UGCACACGACCCGCUUUCUACGGUGUCGACCGCCAGUUCUACCGUGCACUUGACGAAACCAUUGGAGUUGUUGUGUAUACCGCAUAUCUCGAAGCUUCAAGCCGACUUUUCGUUAGCUGGGUUGGGAAUACCUCAAUUCGAAUUGUGGAUAUCUCUGGAUAAAAUACCAAGAUGAGCAAGAAGUGUGGAAAGUGCUCGAAGACGGUGUAUCCGACAGAAGAGCUGAAAUGCUUAGACAAGGUGUGGCACAAAGCAUGUUUUAAAUGUCAAGUUUGCAGUAUGACAUUAAACAUGAAGAACUACAAAGGAUACGAUAAACUUCCAUAUUGCAAUGCACAUUACCCACAGACGAAGCACACGGCAGUUGCAGACACCCCUGAGAGUAGACGUAUUGCUGAAAAUACUAAAAUCCAAAGUAAUAUUAAGUACCAUGAAAAUUUUGAAAAAGAAAAAGGCAAAAAAAUGUCUGUGGCUGACGACCCUGAAACCCAGCGUCUCAAGAAGAACAUGCAAGUCGUGAGCAAUGUUGCCUACCACAACACACUCCAAGAAAAAGCAAGGAUGGAACAGAACCGGCCCAAUGAAGAGACAGAUAACUUUGCAGCUCGCAGGCGCGGUCACAAGAACCCAGGUAGCAUAACUGACUAUGUGCCCACGGCCGUGGCAGCUCCUCCUCCUCCCCAAAACCAACCCACCCACGUCUACAACUCUAAAGGAGAAGAAGAAGCUGAGGUAUUUGAUGAUGAGAAGCAGAAUCACCAGCCCAGGAGGCAGAUUGGGUCUAUUGCAGAUUACGACCCAAUACCCAACCAGAUAAUUGCGGGCCAACCCUCUGGGUACCAGUCGGUGCCAAGCCAGCAACCCCGUUCACCCGCCAUGUUUGCACCAACACCGUACAGCCCCCCAGGACAGUUUAGUUCCGUGCAACGGCAGAUUGGGUCAGUAAACUUUAACCCAAUGCCAAACAGCAACCCUGCUUCAAGCAGCCAGUUCUCGUCCCAGCCGCAGGUGCGGCCAGGCCAAGGUUCCAUGUAUACACCCUUUAGGCCUGUGCAAGUUGUGGAAGACAAACCUGAUGUCAAGGAGGAACAGCCUGUCCCCCAACCUUAUAGUGAUCAAACUCAGGAAGGACCCCCUGAGGUUGUUGGAGAAGGGUUUAGGACAAGCUAUCCUACAGGUAUUCCAAGUUCUCCGACGGUUGUGGAAGACAAACCUGAUGUCAAGGAGGAACAGCCUGUCCCCCAACCUUAUAGUGAUCAAACUCAGGAAGGACCCCCUGAGGUUGUUGGAGAAGGGUUUAGGACAACCUAUCCUACAGGUAUUCCAAGUUCUCCGACGGGUUCUCCGGAGGACACACGAUUCAGCAGCCAGUCUAUUUCCCACACGCCACAAUCAUACGAGGAAGACGUCAGUGGUGGGACAUUCCAUACAUCAUACUCGGUAGCUACGCCAGAUCUUGUUGAAGACGACAAUGUCAGUAGAGGCUUCAGUCCAUCUGUGGAUGUGUCACAACCUCCUGUGGAGGAACCUAGUGCUGUUGGCGCCGGCUUUAGAACAACGUACCAGGUGGAUAAGGAAGCUCCCCAACCUCCAAAGCAGAACAAAGGGAUUGUUUCUCAAGCUUUGUACGACUACGCAGCAGCCGAUACAGACGAAGUGAGCUUUAUGGAGAAUGACGUAAUCAUCAACUGUGAACCUGUGGACGACGGCUGGAUGUAUGGCACAGUAGAACGGACAAGCAAGCGGGGAAUGUUGCCUUCCAACUACGUCCAGCGUAUUAACUAGUGUGGCCAGCAGUACACUUCCUUCGUGUUGUUUAGAGACUGGGGGGUGAUAGAUGUUACCCUUGGCUCAGACCUGUCCUCAUGUACGCCUCUCAGCACUGGGGAAUCGCACAUGAGCAAACGUGGUCAAGGGAGCUGUUAUUGUUUUAAUAUUUUAGUCUUAACACAAUAGUUUGUUAACUUAGCCAAUCGCUCAUACCAGACUCUUAGACAAGGUUGCUUGAAGCAGGCACCAAUGAAAUUUCAACACAACAUCGAAUGGGUGUUUCAGAAAGUUAAAGUUCAUAAUACUGUCUGUGCAUGUGUCACUUGGUUUGUAAAUUUGUGACGUUUGGUCCUCUGUGUUCAAAGGCUCAUCUACUUAUUUACAAAAAAUGUUCACCAAAUUUGAAUUCAAGGAAUUAUGGAGAAUUCUAACAUGUGUCUAAAACUCAUUAAAGUAAAACGACCAGCACAACAGAUUAUUCUUUGACCCUGCAUCUUGUUCUCACUGCACACGCCAUCGGUUUGCUUCAGCUUUGUCUAGGAUGAUGGGUACGCCGAUGAUGCGAAAAACAGGAAUACUCACCGUCGCCAUUCCUGUUAGAAAAUACAAGCAGAUUCCUGUUGGUUCUGCUUCUUCUAAACAUAUAUUCAUAUUUUAUCCAAAUGUUUUAUUAUUCUGAAAUUAUUAAAGUUGAUGGCAAAACUAAUUUGUCUUUUCUGUUGCCACAUGCCAGACAUGCUUCAGACCAUUGCUCACAAUGUGUGAAGCCUAUUUCUGGUGUUCCCUGCCGUGAUAUUGCUGGAAUAUUGCUAAAAACGGCGUAAAACCCAACUCACUCACUCAGACCAUUGCUACAACUAAAACCCAUUGGCGCCAUGUGGUAACCAUGGAUAUUAUGGUAAUCAUGGCAACCAGAUGAGGAUGCUUUGUCAUUGGUCGUAUUGAUAUGAAUACAUUGACAUGGUUGCACAAUAUAUUGAGAAUUUGUAUGUUUGCAUCAUACAAAUCUCCUGAGAAUUGUAAAGUUGGGCAUAGUCAAUAAAGUAUUGGAAUGGCUAUUUUAAUAGAUUUUGAAGAGUAGAAUUUUUUGACCAUUUGAAAAUUGUUGUGCAUAAUUUUGAAGUCUACUUUGCAUGGAGAAUUUCAUGUCCCUUGAAUGACGAGGGUGAAGUUUGCCAACGAUAUACAAGAUAAUUUCUUUUGUUUAUAUGUGUGUUAUAUUCAUCAUGCAAGUUUGUCCAUGAAGUUUCCCACUGGUAGUUAUUUUGCAAAACCUUUGCUUCCUCUUAGUGCAGUCCCUGAUAUACCUAGUACAGCUUGAUAGUGAUGCCUUGAUGGUUGUUCACCGUCAUGUCAAUAAAACUUACAUAUUCGCAACUGUCAAGACAUACACGAGAAAACCCGAAAAAUUCACUUAUUCUCUGUUAUAUGUAUCUGGACUUCUGCAAAACAAAUGACAUGUAGAUUGAUUCUGUAGAUUUAGCAAAGAUGGGUUAGUUGUUUCUCAUCCUUCAGUAUAAAUAUCAAUAAAACUUACAUAUUCGCAACUGUCAAGACGUACACACAAGAAAACCCCAAUUUCACAUUUUGUCUGUUAUAUGUAUCAGGACUUCUGCUAACAAUGACAUGUAGAUUGAUUCUGUAGAUAACGAAGAUGGGUUACGUUGUUUCUCAUCCUGCAGUAUAUACUGCAUGAAUGUAAUAUGUACAAGUUUGUAUGAUAAUUUCUCGAAGCUUUGGUUCUGUUGUAAGUUUAUAUAUAGUGUAUGACGGGUUGGAAUAUUGCUUCUGCAUAAUAUUUAUCUGUUACCAUGGUUACAGUGUCUGGUUAUGUCAUGAAGCAUUCUGAUCCUAGACAUGCUUCUACUGAAAUGUAAAGACAUUAAAUAGUAAUCUGUGAUUUCAUUAAUUUAAUUAAAAGACUAUUUCUAAAUGGCCAUUGAAGAAUGAGUAAUUUUCUUGGAGAAUGUUGUUAUACCUGCCUGUAUAAUCGUUGACAACUGAGUUUGAUAUUAUUCAUUGUAAGCCGAUGUGGCAAUUGUUUAAUUCAAGACAAGUUGUUUUUGUGUAACUUGCACUUCAUAACCUUUGUGAUAGUCUUACAUAGUUGACAAAUUCUCUCCAAGCUGGGGGAAUUUUACGUUUUCCCGAUUUGUUAAAAGUGUUGUCUAUAUUAUUAUACAUAUACAGUAGAGUGUUGAAUGCUCACAGAUAACCCUAUGCAAACUGUAUAGAAAGGUAAGGCUCCUAUCAAUGUUGUAAAUUGAACUCAAGAUACGCAAUGUGUUAUGUCUUAAAUGAACAAAGAUCAAACGUUGAAAACUUGAAAUGAAUAUGAAAUUAUUGUCAUUUUGGUUUUUAUUACAGGACUUCAUAUCUUCAUCGAUAAGUCUAACGUAAGUCUUGUCACAUAUUUCUAAAUAAGGUUCAAAGUCGUUACAAAGGUUUUCUUUGGGGGAAGGUUUUGUGGUAGCAUUAAGACAACUUUGUACAGAGGAAUUAGGCUGUCUUUGGAAACUGAAAUCCAUGAUGCAGCCCCUUUAAGCAAUGAGUAAGCUGUAUUGAGACAAGCCAAUAGGGGGGCAUUAAGGUGUAUUGAGACAAGCCAAUAGGGAGGCAGUAAUCUGUAUUGAGACAAGCCAAUAGGGAGGCAGUAAGCUGUAUUGAGACAAGCCAAUAGGUUUGAUAAUGGUGGAUUUCCUCAGACAGUAGCUCCACCUCAACCUGUGUCCUUAUGGUUGGUGACAUUACAAGAAUUGUGACAAUUUAGCCUCCAUCAGCUGUAGGUUAUGGUUUGUCUACAUGGCAUUUGACUUUUGGGGAAAAUUCUCAGUUUUCUUAUGUUUAACAUCAAACUCAUCACUCUACAUAACUACUUGAUAUUCAUUGUGGAAAUUUCUUAAUUUGAACGUUUUAUUGUUAAUUUGUUCAAAUGUUGGAUUCACACCAACUUUGUGAUAAGAAAAUGAAUUUUGUCCAAGGAAAAACGAGGGUUUGAAACAGAAUUAAAAUGUAUUUGUUAAUGAUAGAGCUAUGUUUACAAUUUCUGGAUGUAACAUCAUUUUUGCUAUAUAUAAAGUUAUUUGAAGUAAAGUUGUCAUAGAUGUAAUAUAGAAUAAAACUCUGGAAGGCAUCAUAGUAGCUCAUUCUUUCCCCACUCUCUUCCAGUGCUUCAUAGUCCCUCCCCGCUGAUGAUCUGCAUGUAGCUAGCUUGUAUUUAUAAACCAAUUCAUCAUAGAUUUCAGUUGUAAUAUACCUUAUUGCAAGCUUACUGCUGUCUAUUUGCUCCAAGUAUGAAAAAGUAUAAGAAUUAGUUUUCAUAAAGUAUGGAAAACAGUACACUUUUUUGGCACACACAAGAAAAUUGUACCAAAUUGAUAUUUUUAUCUUCACAAGAACAAAGUCACAGGUUAAGUUUUUUGGGAUUUUUUAACACAAAACAGUGUGAGAUACAUAUAAUACUUUAAACAGAAUAAUGAUAAUUAUUUUGACUAUUUUGUCAAUGUGUCAAAUGUUUUUGAUUUGGACAUAUCCUCUCCAUGUUUUUAGCUCUCAGGAACAGUAGUGGGCUAUAUUCAAGCAUGUUUAUGAUGACACUCGUAAUCAGUGUAGCCUAGAUGGUUGAUAUUGUCAGUAUCUACCAGCACAAUAUAAGUUCUUUAUAUACGCCGUGGAAUAAUGCCCACUUCAGUACAUAUUUAGCAAAACCAUUAAUUGUUUCAUAAUAUUUACAUCUUUGGUGCUUUGUUUAGUAAGAUUUCCUAUUAGUUUAGUAUUAUUAGAUUUUGUAAUAAACAGUACAGAAUCUGUUUUAAGCCUUGUUUUAGAUCCCUAGGACAUGUGUGUUAAAUUUUACCAUUAUAAAACAGGUUUGCGUUAAUGCCGAAAAUUAAGAGAAAAAUUACAAAUGCUCAAAGGUUUGAAGUUUUACCAUGAGAGUCUUAUUUUGUGAGGAAGGUGUUGUUUUAUAUGUUUGGUCUGGCCCUGCGUGGGCCGGAAACAGUUGCUGCUUCUGUUAAUCAGAUAUCUAUUUUACAAGUUGCCUGUCACUGUUGCACUAGAUGACGGAGAGUUUUGUAUGAUGAUGUAGUAUAGUAGCUUCUAUCUUGUAUAGCUGUCACUUUGGUCGCCCUGUCAGGGGAGGCAACUCUUCAUGCCCCUUCCACUUGUUGAUAAACUUAUAUAGAAAUA